AUGAAACAUAUUGAUAUUGGAUUUAGUACAUAUUUAUUAGGCUUUUUCGUAGGCAUUGCAAUUCUUUUAUUUGCAUUUAUGUUACUCGGUAUGUUAUAUAUGCCAAAACGCUUGAAAGGCCAUCCAAAAAGAAUUACACCCCCAGAUGAGAAAGAAUCAGCUGACUGGCUAAAUAUUCUUUUAGCAAGAUUAAAUGCUUCACACAUAGAUGCGCAAAUUCUUUCAGAAGUUUGCAAAUUAUUAUCCCAAAAAAUCGCAAGCGAACCAAAGAAACCUGAUGUUUUAACAUCAGCCGUUAUUACCCCAUAUAAACCUGCUGACUCUGCUCCUUUCAUUUCAGAUAUUCAACUAAAAAAUGAAUCAGACGAAGAAUCUACACUCAGUUUCUUAUUACAUUUUCAAGGAUCACCAUCAAUUUCAAUUGCAGCAACAGUAUCAGCAGGCCCAAUUGAUAUACCACAGCUAUUUUCCUUCCAUAUGAAAGUAGAAUUAAUUUUAUGUCUUCUUGUUGCCCGUGUUACUAUCAAAUUUAAGAACGAUAAAUCAAAGGAAAUCUCGGUAUGUAUCGGAAAUGAUCUUAUUAUUGAUAUUAAUGUUAAACCACUUCUUGACGAUCCAAAGAACGCAUCUCAGAAGCAUAUCGAAUCAAUAUCUACUUGGUUCUCAAAUUUCGCUAUUAUGAGUCUUCGUGGAAAAACUUUUAAUAUCCCUGUUCAAUAA